UCUGUUUAUUCUUCAUUCUUCAAAAUCCUUGUGAUCUUUGUUUUCUAAACAUUUUUCCAUGAUGGGCACCUUGCUCCAACUCUACCCUUUUCUCUUCCUAUUCCUAUUCCUUCCAAUCCUAAACACAGUUUUAUCACAACCUCAACAACUCUUUUAUUCUGGAUUCAAUCAUAUUCCUGGAACCAACUUAUCCCUGACUGGAAUAGCGAAAAUUGAUGACAAAAAUGGAAUCUUGAAGCUCACAAACGAAACAAGUAGAUUAAUUGGGCAUGCCUUUUACCCAAUCCCAUUUCAGUUCAAGAAUAACAAUGGCAGCAGAACCUUCUCAUUCUCUUCAUCAUUUGCAAUUGCCAUUGUUCCUGAGUAUCCAAAGCUUGGUGGCCAUGGCUUGGCUUUCACCAUUUCAGCUUCCAUGGAUACUCUCAACCAUGCACUUCCAAGCCAGUAUCUUGGCCUACUCAACUCAACCAACAUUGGAAACUUCUCCAACCACCUUUUUGCCGUCGAAUUCGACACUGUCCAGGACUUCGAAUUCGGCGACAUAAAUGAUAACCAUGUUGGUAUAAACAUCAACAACUUGGUUUCCAAUGUUUCUUGUAAUGCAAGUUACUACGCCGAAGGCGAAGGCGAAGGAAAACUUGAAAAUCUAAACCUUAAGGGUGGUAAACCACUCAUGGUUUGGGUUGAUUAUGAUUCUGUUAAGAGUUUGAUAAGUGUUACACUCUCUCCUUCUUCUACAAAACCAAAGAAACCAACUUUGUCAUAUUCAUUGGACCUCUCACCAAUCUUUCAUGAGAGAAUGUAUGUUGGAUUCUCUGCUUCAACGGGUUUGCUUGCAAGCUCCCAUUAUGUCUUGGGUUGGAGCUUCAAGAUCAAUGGAACUGCUCCAACACUUGAUCUCGAUUCGCUUCCGAAGCUUCCGGGUCCCAAGAAGAAGCAAACUCCCAUGGUUGUUGGGGUUUCAGUUGCUACUUCAUUCAUUGCUCUGUUUUCUCUGUUUCUUGGAUUUUACUUGUUCUGGAAAAUCAAGAAUGCUGAUGUUAUUGAGCCAUGGGAGCUUGAGAUUGGGCCUCACAGAUACUCAUAUAAAGAGCUCAAGAAAGCUACAAAGGGUUUCAAGGACAAGGGGCUACUUGGUCAAGGAGGAUUCGGCAGAGUUUACAAAGGAACUCUGCCGAAUUCCAAGAACCAAGUAGCUGUGAAGAGAGUAUCACAUGAGUCAAAACAAGGUCUUAGAGAAUUUGUGUCAGAAAUCGCCAGCAUCGGCCGGCUUCGCCACCGGAACUUGGUCCAAUUGCUCGGCUGGUGCCGCCGCCGUGGCGACCUCCUACUUGUGUAUGAUUUCAUGGAAAAUGGUAGCCUAGACAAGUACUUAUUCGACGAGCCGAAAACCAUCCUAAGAUGGCAAGAAAGGUUCAAGAUCAUAAAGGAUGUUGCUUCAGCACUUUUAUAUCUCCAUGAAGGAUAUGAACAAGUGGUGAUUCAUAGAGAUGUUAAAGCUAGUAAUGUUCUUUUAGAUAGUGAAAUGAAUGGAAGGCUUGGAGAUUUUGGUUUAGCAAGAUUGUAUGAACAUGGUGGUCAUCCUAGCACAACAAGGGUGGUUGGAACAUUAGGUUAUUUGGCACCUGAGUUGCCAAGAACAGGAAAAGCCACUCCUAGCACUGAUGUUUAUGCAUUUGGUGCAUUAAUGCUUGAAGUGGCAUGUGGGGUUAGGCCUGUUGAUCCAAGAAAGGCACAACAUGAGGAUUUGGUUUUGGUGGAUUGGGUUUGGAAGAUGUACAAAGAAGGGAAGCUACUUGAUGUUGUGGACCCAAAUUUGAAUGGUGAUUUUGAUGAGAGGGAGAUUGUUAUGGUUCUCAAAUUAGGCCUAAUGUGUUCAAAUGGUGCACCAAAUUCUAGGCCUAGCAUGAGGCAAGUGACUAGGUAUUUGGAUGGAGAAAAUUUGUUGCCUGAUUCAUUGAUGAAGCCUCAUCAUAAUAACCAAGAGGGUUUUGAUGAGUUCUUGAAUCCAUUUGGGUCUUCUUUUAAUAGUUCAGAUAAUAUUGGCAUGUAUGCUAGUUUUCCUUCAUUCACUAAUUCCCCUGUUUUUACUCCUAUUGGUAGGAGAGAAACAAGUUGA